AUGAUAACAUCAUCUUCAUCCUCUUCAGAUUCAUCAUCGAAUAAAGUACUCUCGCUUGAAUCGAUUUCAAUUGUAGUUACAUUUGCUGAAUAUCUAGAUGCGUUGUUCAAAGCCAGUCUUGGCUCUCCAUUAUUCUUUUCACUACGAUCAAAUGUCAACACUAGACUAUCUUGUCAAGACUCUUCAUCAAUGGAAUGUAUACGACAACGAGCCGAUCAAGUCAUACUACAUAUCUUUUAUAAUGCUUGCAAUUUAAAGGAUAAUGAAAAAGAUAAUGGUGAUCUUAUAUACAAUCAAGAUAAAUGCAUUAGACCUGCACAAGCAUUACAUUAUUUACUUUUGAUCAAAUCACCUGAUGGUACUGAUAAUGAUAAGUGUCUGCUACCUUAUCUAUCAUAUGAAACAAAAAAACAUAUUCAUGAACUCUUGCUCAAUCAUAUUAAACAAUUAAAGGAGUUUGUUCAAAACGAUAUGGAAUUAAUUCAAUUAAUGUUAUUCAAUCAAUAUAAUAAUGAUGAAGAUAUUUAUUUAUUUAUUAUUCAAACAUUUAAUUGGUUUAAUACUUUGUUUAGCAAAGAAAAGUUGGUUAAACUUUGGAGCAAAAAUCAACAAGAGCAUUAUGGCUCAAUCAUUACAUACAUUUUAUACGGUAUCUUGAAAAUGAAUCAUUAUGAUGCGCACAUUAGAGAAAAAUAUUUGGAUGUUAUAUACGAUACUUUGGAUACUGUAUAUCGUGCCUAUAGCCAUUCAUAUAGAGAUAUACCAAAAAGUAUUUGUGAUAAUUAUGUCCAUAUGUUUUUAUUGGUGCUCAAACAAUAUGGUUUUCAAGAUCAAAGAGGUAAACAACUAAAAAGGAGUAUUUCAGGUGCUGUAUUUGAUUUAUUUUCGAAAACAGACUGGAAUGGUCAGAUUGCAUGUGACUUUUUCAAAGAGUAUAUUACAACAUUAUUCUUGGAUGCUUACAAAGACGACUAUUUCAUACCACAAAAACCCAAUGACUAUAUGAAUGUGGAAGAGUGGAAAAUAUAUUAUCAAACCAGAACUCAACAAAGACUAUUAAUUGCCUCUCGUAUUCGAUUUUUUUCAGCAAACCGUCACCAAAAUAUAUUAUCUAUUCUAUUUGAACAUUUCAGCCAAUGUCUAACACAAACAUGGAAGGAUAAAUUAAUAGUGAUCAAAUUAUUAAAUAUGUUUGAUCCUUCCAAUAUGCCCGAUCAAAAAGGACAGGAAUGUAAAUGGAGUAGAUAUUUUAGUAUUGAUUUUCUAAAAAAAGUUAUAUCAGAAACAUUAAAAGAGGAUAAUAUACUUGUUCAAUGUGAAUUGGUUGAAUUUAUUCGAAGAUUUUGUGAUAUCCCUUACUAUCGUAAAAUGUUUGUCGAUAGUAUAGAGUUUAGAGAUCUUAUCAAAGAAGCUUUUAAUAACAUUAUCGACCAAGCUUCACCAUCACCACAUCCUCGGUUAUUAAUGUUUCUCAUUGUGGUUUGUGACACUGAAGCCCGUGGUUCCAAUUUUUUGGCAAAACAGAUUAAACAAAUCUUUGAAGCUGAACCUCUUUGGCAAGAAUAUAUUAUUAAACUCGUUUUAAAGUCCAUUGAAUCAGAUCAGGAGGUUUUAAUCACUGAUGCUCUAGGCUUUCUUUUAAGAGACCCCAAUUUUGAAUCAAGAUUUUCAAGUUUAAAACAAUUAUCAAGAGCAGUCAUUGGAUUAUUGGAUAGUUAUCAAGAUGACGAUGUAAUUUUAGAGCAUGUCAUUAUGUUUUUUAAUAGUAUCCAUAAACUUGGAUUCAAAGAGACCAAUCAAUUAAUUCAAAGAAUAUUGUUUUCAAAACAAUUUGAACCAGAUCAAAUCAAUCAAUUUGUAGAUGAAAAUCUUAUUGUAUGGAUGGGUAAAAGGGCAAAUAACUUUUCAAUUUAUUUACCAACGGUCAUGAAAAUAAUGCUUGACCAACCAACAAUCGAUUUUAAAUGGGUAUCCUCCAUUUUUAAACGAUCUCAUCAAGAAACAAAUCGAUAUGUUAAACAUUUUGUCACACCCAUUAUCCAACUGUACACCAACACACAUAUCAAAUUUGGCAAGGUUCAAAUUAGUAUUGCAGAAUUAUUGAAACUCCUAUUCACAAGAACAGUGGAAUACAAAGGAAUACACCACCAAGAAUCUACUCGACUAUUUCAACAAAUACUCGAUACUUUUACUGCACCAGCUCCCUCUGAUCAAUCUCUGUCUGAAUUUCAAUUAAAAGAGUAUCUCACAACCCAUUUGACUGUGGUCACUGAAAUCGUCGAACAAAUAAUAGAUCAAGGAGGAAACAUUACAACCGAUCAAAUAGUACAAAUCAUCGAUUUGAUUGUACAAGCUCAACAACUCAUUUAUUCUCGUAGCGAUAAAUAUCAACAGUAUGAGUGUCACUAUCCACAAAUUGCCGAUUUGAUAGCAACACUUGUCGAAAUGAACGACGAUCAAUAUAACACCAUUGAAAUGAUAUCAUCACGUGUGAUUGACAAGACUGUCGAUUGGAUCAAUCAAAACAAGGAACUAUCAAAUCACCCAGGAUCACCUUUUUUGGUAGAGUUGGUCUUGGAUUUCUAUGAUUAUUCCAAGAUUAUACCACCAACCAUUAACAAGAAUCAUAGACAAAUUAAAAAGAUUAAAUGGAAUUUAUAA